GUGUCUAUGUAUUUGUAAUUGCUGCGAAAAACCACAUAAGGAUAACUUUUGGUUUUUUUUUUUUUCAAAAAAACCAGAGGUAUUAACAUUAAGCAAAGCAAGAUGCAAAACUUCGGCCACCGGGAUUUCUUACUCUAUUUCUUGUUAAGUUACUACUUUAUUGCGUACGAUUACGGAGUCCGGGUGCUUUUGAUAUGGUUAAUUGAAAAUGCAUAUUUCAGUCUAGUUGAGUUACCCUAUAAUUAUUUGGCUUAUAGAAGAUUACUCCCGUUUCCGUACCAGACAAAUUUCAGUCAGAGAGCGACAGACUACGAGUUUGUUGUUGUUGAGAUGUUGAAACACUACUUUAAGUAUUCACAAGGGCAGCCUGCUUGGUCGGUCUUUUUCGAUGGACGGUCUUUUGAGCUAUUGAACAAAAUCAGACGGUGGAGAGAAUGCAAUGAUGGGUUGGGUGAUACCGCCAUAGAGAAUAUAUGCAUUAACCAAGGACUGAGCUGCCAUGCAACCUGGAUCUACACCAGAAGCAGGGUCAUAUCCAAGGCUCACGAUAUUUUGAUUUUCUAUAUCCAUGGUGGUAAUGGAUUUGGCGUGGGUUCCGGCCAUUUAUAUAACGAAUACUUAUCCAUUCUACUCAUAAACCUUCUAGAACAAGGGUUUAGCAAUCCAGGAAUCUUGGUACCAAUAUUCCUGAAUAAAAUUGAAAAGUAUCCUUCACAAAUCUCACAAUUAAUGAAAGACUACCAAUAUCUAUUAAAAAAGAGAAACGAAGACACCCAUAUAGUUCUAAUGUCAGAUAGUACGGGAAGUACUCUAGCCAUAUCCAUGCUUUUGAAUAUGAACCACCCUUCGAAUGGUUUCACCCAAGACCAACUAAUGACUAAACCCGAUGCUGCAAUAUUCAUUUCCCCAAUCACCAAGCUCUUCCAUUCUCCACCCACCAAUACCCCAAAUCCAAGUGACUACCUCACCCAGUCCACAAUCCAUAAAUGGGCAGCAAACUACAUCGACAAAUCCAUCAUGGGAACCCCACAAAUAUCCUUUCUAGACGCAUCAACCAUAAAAGAUUGUCAAGUCUGGCGAAAUUCCAUGCCGCAGAAAGGUGUUGUUAUCAGUUACGGAGACGAAGAAUGCAUAAAAGAAGAUAUCGAAGGCUUUAUCGAACUUCUAACCCAGUCAGGGGUCAAAUUGAAAGUCGACAAGCAAAUUGCACAAGUCCAUAACUGGAGUAUUCUUGGUUUCUAUACCGAAAGGUUAAUUGACCAUCGCGAAGCCAGUCUACAAAUAUACUCAGGCAUUCUUUCCCGUAUGUUUCUAUGGAACACACCCGCCUACGUCAACGGGGAUUCCAAAGAACCAACCAAUAUAAUCACCAUAGACGAAGAGUAUACUUGAGUCUCCCGGAGUUUUGCGCAGCCAAACGGUUCACCCCCGCCGUUUCGGCCUGUCAAAAACACCAAUAAAAAAAAAAA